CCCUGCCUUUUCUCCCCUCUUCCUCCUGCUCUUCCUCCUCCGUUGAAGGUCAAACACGCAACCUGCAAAAUCCAACUACCGCCAUCACCGUCGACGACGCUGCUGUAUCCAAUUCCUCUUAUGCUAUUGCCGAUCGUUUUCUUCCGCUUCCCGGUAACUCCCCGGUGGCCGGUAAAAGAGACAGUUGGAGGAUUUUUUUACUAUGAAGAGCGGCGUCAACAACGGCAGCAGCAGUAGCAAUGGAUACAAGGGUGCCCAUAAUAAUAAGAGCAAUAAUAAUGGGUUUUUGCCCACUUCUUUGAAAUUCAUUUCCUCUUGCAUAAAAACCGCUUCUUCUGGAGUUCGGUCGGCCGGCGCCUCCGUCGCCGCUUCUUUAUCGGGCGAUGCCCAAGACCAACUCAAAGACCAGGUGCUCUGGGCAUCCUUUGACAGACUAGAGCUUGGUUCAUGGUCUUUCAAACGUGUUCUCUUAGUUGGGUACUCAAAUGGCUUUCAAGUCCUGGACGUUGAGGAUGCCUCUAAUGUCAGUGAAAUUGUUUCAAGGCGUGAUGAUCCAGUUACAUUUUUACAGAUGCAGCCUCGCCCUGAAGAGUGCCAGGGUAAUGAAGGAUUUAAGGCAUCACAUCCUUUACUUUUGGUUGUUGCUUGUGAUGAAUCAAAGACCUCUGCUCUGGUUCUUGGUGGAAGAGAUGGGUUAGCCAGAGAUGGUUUUGAUGAGCCCCAAACAGGAAAUAUUCCCAUCUCUCCUACAGCUGUUCGGUUCUAUUCAUUGAGGUCUCACAAUUAUGUUCAUGUUUUGAGAUUCCGUUCAACUGUCUAUAUGGUUAGAUGCAGUCCUCGGAUAGUUGCUGUCAGUCUUGCAACACAAAUAUACUGCUUCGAUGCUCUCACUCUUGAAAAUAAAUUCAGUGUCCUCACCUAUCCUGUCCCUCAAAUGGGAGUCCAAGGAAUGAUUGGGGUUAAUAGUGGUUAUGGUCCAAUGGCUGUGGGUGCUAGAUGGUUAGCUUAUGCUUCCAACAAUCCUUUGCAUUCAAAUACAGGUCGCCUGAGCCCACAGAGCCUUAGUCCUUCUCCUGGUGUAAGCCCAUCAACUUCACCCAGCAAUGGUAGUCUUGUGGCUCGAUAUGCCAUGGAAUCUAGCAAGCAAUUAGCCACCGGGUUAAUCAAUCUAGGUGACAUGGGCUAUAAAACGUUGUCAAAAUACUAUCAAGAUCUUGUUCCUGAUGGUUCUGGUUCUCCAAUAUCCUCAAGUUCAGGCUGGAAAGUUGGUCGGGGGGCCUCUCAUGCUACUGAGACGGAUACUGCUGGGAUGGUUGUUGUUAAAGAUUUUGUUUCCAGAGCUGUCAUAUCUCAGUUCAGAGCUCAUGCUAGCCCAAUUUCUGCUCUUUGUUUUGAUCCAAGUGGGACUCUUUUGGUUACGGCCUCAAUACAUGGUAACAAUAUAAAUAUAUUUCGCAUCAUGCCAUCCUACGCAAAAAAUGGAUCAAGUGCUCAAACUAAUGAUUGGAGCUCUUCUCAUGUGCAUCUUUACAAGCUUCAUCGUGGAAUAACAUCAGCUGUGAUCCAGGACAUAUGUUUUAGUAAUUAUAGUCAGUGGAUUGCCAUUGUCUCAUCUAGGGGAACUUGUCAUAUAUUUGUCCUUUCCCCAUUUGGUGGUGAGAAUGUUCUCCAAAUCAAGAAUUCUCAUGUAGAUGGGCCUACCCUAUUACCUGCUGUAUCUAUGCCAUGGUGGUCAAAUCCAUCUUUCAUGAUAAACCAUCAAUCCUUUUCUACACCACCAGCACCUGUUACUCUCUCAGUAGUUAGCAGAAUUAAAAAUGGUAACUCUGGGUGGCUUAAUACUGUGACCAAUGCUGCAUCUUCUAUAGCUGCCAAGGCUUCCAUCCCAUCCGGUGCUCUGGCUGCUGUUUUUCAUGACUCUUUACCUCAUGAUUUGCGUCCAACACUUUCAAAAACUAAUGUUUUGGAGCACCUACUGGUUUAUACUCCUUCUGGGCAUGUUGUUCAAUACAAGUUACUACCCACAAUAGGAGGAGAGUUUGGUGAAAAUGCUUCUAGAAUUGGACCAGGUUCUGCCCUACAAAUACAAGAAGAGGAGUUACGGGUGAAAGUUGAAGCUAUUCAAGCAUGGGAUGUUUGCAGAAGAGCAGAUUGGCCGGAAAGAGAGGAAUGCCUUUCUGGAAUGACCCAUAGACGACAAGAAGCUGCAGAAAUAAUCACAGAUCUUUCUGAUCUUGAAGACUAUGAUAUUGGGCAUAAGGCAUUGGAGAAGCCCCAAGAUUGGUCUCACUUAUACUUUUCCAAUGCAGAGGUGCAGAUAAGCUCUGGAAGGGUACCAAUCUGGCAAAACCUUAAGGUGUCUUUCUAUAUAAUGAGCCCCAUGGCAACUAAUGAGCAUGCAUUCACUACAAAACACACUGGUGGAGAAAUUGAAAUAGAGCAGAUGCCUGUUACUGAGGUUGAAAUUAAUCGGAGGGAUUUGUUACCUGUGUUCAACAAUUUUCACAGGAUUCAGCCUGAUUGGAGUGACUGGAGCUCAGAUGGAAGAAAGUAUACCAUUACACCGUCAAGUUUGCUGGGAGCUAAAGAAAAUUUCUCUGAAUAUACUCUUAUUCCUCACUCUAAAUUGAUGUCACCUAUCUCUGUUGAUAACUCUGAUAGUGGAUCACCAAACAAUUCUUAUCCAUCCACUAUCCAAUUUGGAAAUGAUCAUGGUGGAGUGGAAGGAGGGAGUCCUAUUUUGGCAUCACCUUGGCUGAAUCGGAACUCUCUCAAUAAAGAUAGUAGUUCAAUAUCAUUCAACGAAUCUAAAGUCAUUAUGUGUCAAGUUAAAGAUGGUAAGUCUGCUAACAAUUUGUCAUCAUUGACAACUGGCUCUCUCCCUGGUGGAACAACUGUAAAAGGAGUUAACAUGUCAAACAGUGGUGGGACCAAAGAAGUUUCAAAUACAAGUUCUAACCGUUCUGAUUUGAGUAUGAACAUUCUAGAUGAGGGACCAGCAAAUGACUCCCCAGAUUUUGAACAGUUUUUUCAAGAAGAGUACUGUAAAGCAUUGCCCACAAGUGCUAGCCGUGAAUCAACAGAAGUUAUUACUGAUGCAGACAGCGGUGGUAGUCCUUGUGAUAGAGAAAAAUCUGAAGAAGGUGACAAUGAUGAAAUGCUUGGGGGUAUUUUUUCCUUCUCUGAAGAGGGUUGAUGCGUAUCUUUUUUCAUUUGUUCUCUGAUGUGUUCAUCAUAUUCAUUUUCAUUUGGGUCAUGCAUCUGGGUAUUAACAAACUAAUGUAAAGCAUGGUUCAGUCUCCUCUAAAUGAUUGGAAAAGCUUCUCACUGAUUUAUUCAAGUAAGUUAUAUUUUGCUUAUUGUGCCUUCGUGGUAAAUUGCUGGUUCUUUCGUCCUAAUGUACAUGCUGUAAAUUGAUAUUCAUAAUACAAAUGAUUUGUGGGGACAGGUUCUUUCUGUGCCGUGUAACAUUAUUUAUUCAUCAAAAGAAAAGUAAAGAAUAAUAAAAAUG